GGAGCGACGUCAGGACUGACGUCAGGAGGAUCAGCUGAUUGAUGUUGAUUAAAACGUCGGCUCGACGACAUCAAACCAAAACGGUGCUGAGCAUCACCUGGAAGGUCAAAGCUGGUCAAGUUUUACAGGCGAAGAACCAUUAUGGCCCCUACUUUGUAUGACGACAAACCAGAGCCCGGAGACCUGAUAGAAAUCUUCCGUGGCUCUUAUCAGCACUGGGCACUGUACAUCGGCGAUGGCAUGGUUGUCCACUUGGCACCACCAUCUGAUGUUCCAGAUGCAGGCAGCAUGAUGUCUGUGUUUGCAGAGAAGGCCGUGGUGAAGAAAGAGGAGCUGUGGGAUGUUACUGGAACCUACCAGUGGAAAAUUAACAACAGUUUGGAUGACAGUUACAACCCUCGUCCUGCUCGUGUGAUUGUGAGGGAGGCCUGUGCUCUGGUCGGCAAUGAGCUGCCAUACUGUGUCUUCAGGGGGAACUGUGAGCACUUUGUCAAUGAGCUGCGCUAUGGCAAAGCAGAGUCUCGCCAGGUGCGUAAGGCCGGAGAAGCAGCGAUGGUUGCAGGUGUGGUGACAGUGGUGGGUCUGGGGAUUGUGGCUCUGGCUGGGGCCCUGUUUGGAGGAAAGCAAAAGGAAAAGAAGAAUACACAGUGACUUUUUCUGAGCUCGACUGGAACAAAAUCCGACUCUCCACCCACACUGCCUUAAUUUUAAUUUUGUAUUGCUGCCUCAUUUUAUGUUCAGUUCUUCUAUGGUUUGGUGCCACACUCCAGGGGUCUCAUGUAUACUGCUGCCUAUGCACAAAAUGCAAACAGUGCAAUCUGUAGAAACAAGACUUAAAUAGGUUUAAAUAUUUGAGGUGUUUCACAUCAACCAUUUGUGGUUGAAUGUGGCAUGUCGAGGGUAGGAAAUGAGGCUGAUCCACAUGCACACAAUUCUAGGGGGAGUGUGAUUUAUAAAGACAGCAUUG